ACAGGCACACACACACAGAGACACAGAGAGAGAGAGAGAGAGAGAGAGAGAGAGAGAGAGAGAGAGAGAGAGAGAGAGAGAGAGAGAGAGAGAGGUGAUUUUGUGACCCAGAGGGAGGGGGGUGAAAGAGGAGAGGACAGUCAAGUGAGCGGCGCUGUGUGACGAAGAUGUCGAUCUGGAAUUACGUGGUGACGGCGCACAAACCGACAGCUGUCACACACUCUGCAGUGGGGAAUUUCACGAGUCCAAGUGAGCUGAAUCUCAUCGUAGCAAAAUGCACGAGGAUCGAGAUCCAUCAGCUUUCUCCUCAAGGGCUUACGCCCAUGCUCGAUGUGCCAAUCUAUGGAAGGAUUGCAACGAUGGAGCUAUUCCGGCCACCGGGAGAGACCAAAGAUGUGCUCUUCUUGUCCACCGAGCGGUUCAAGUUUUGCGUACUGGAAUAUGAUUUAGAAACGAAGGAGCUCAACACCAGAGCGAUGGGAGAUGUCUCAGACAAGAUCGGAAGACCAACAGAUACUGGCCAUAUCGGAAUCGUGGACCCCGACUGCAGGAUGAUUGGCCUACACCUUUAUGAAGGGCUUUUCAAGGUCAUCCCGAUCGAUUCAAAAGGUCAGCUGAAGGAGGCCUUCAAUAUAAGAUUGGAGGAGUUGCAGGUCAUUGAUAUCAAGUUCCUUUAUGGCUAUGCGAAACCGACCAUAGCCGUUCUGUACCAGGAUAGUAAAGAUGCCAGACACCUGAAGACGUACGAGGUCCUUCUGAAGGACAAAGAUUUUACAGAUGGCCCAUGGAUGCAGCCGAAUGUGGAAAGUGGGGCGGGGAUGAUCAUCCCUGUCCCGACGCCGCUUGGCGGGGUCAUCAUCGUUGGGGAGCAGCUCAUAAUGUACCAUGACGGCACCUCCUUCAAGACCAUUCCAAUACGCCCGUCGGUGACCAAGGCGUAUGGACGUGUGGAUGCGGAUGGGUCGAGAUACCUACUCAGCGAUCAGAACAAUCUCCACCUGCUUGUGCUCGAUCACGACAAGGAAAGAGUGCUUGGACUGAAGAUCGAGCCCCUUGGAGAGACCUCCUGUGCCUCCACCAUAUCUUAUUUAGAUAAUGGGGUGGUCUUUAUAGGAUCAUGCUUCGGCGACUCACAGCUAGUGAAGCUGAACUCCCAACCUGAUCCGAGAGGUUCGUAUGUGGAGGUGCUAGAGAACUUUGUCAAUCUGGGGCCCAUUGUUGACAUUUGCGUCGUUGACCUGGAGAGGCAAGGACAGGGCCAGGUCAUUACCUGCUCGGGUGCAGCGAAAGAUGGAUCGCUUCGCAUAGUCCGCAAUGGAAUCGGAAUCAACGAGCAGGCGACAGUCGACGUGCCAGGAAUCAAGGGAAUGUGGUCUCUCCGUGCGUCUUCCAUGGAUGUGUAUGAUACUUUUCUGGUCGUGACGUUCAUUAGCGAGACAAGGAUUCUCGCCAUGAACGCGGAGGAAGAGCUUGAUGAAACGGAGAUUGAAGGAUUCGAUGCAGCAACUCAGACGCUGUACUGCGGCAAUGUUAUCUACGACCAAAUUGUGCAGAUAACAUCAUCGAGUGUUCGACUCGUCGAUGUCGCGACAAGGCAAGCAGUCACACAGUGGAAUGCUCCUCCAAACUUUUCAAUCAAUGUUGCGACUGCCAAUGCGACACAGGUGCUUCUUGCGACUGGCGGGGGUAAUCUUGUGUACUUGGAGAUAGGGGAGGGCGAGUUGCGACAGGUCAAUCACCUGAAACUCGAGUACGAGAUUUCCUGCCUGGACAUCAACCCUAUACCCGAGGAUGCGGGCAGGUCCGCCCUUGCUGCAGUUGGCAUGUGGACCGACAUCAGUCUUCGCGUGUAUUCGCUGCCGUCCUUGACUCUUCUCGCAAAGGAGAACCUUGGCGGCGAGACGAUCCCCAGAUCCGUCCUCUUUUGUGCUUUUGAAGGGUCUUCGUCAGGGGUGAGGAGGAUGGAGCGGCUGGAUGGUGACGACGGUAGUGCGCCGGAGGGCAGCAGGGUGAUGAUGAUGACGGCUUGGCAGGGCGACGAUAACGAUGGCGAGGACGACCACGGCAGGGCAACAAUGGCGGGGAAACAACGAACUGGCGCGGGGGUCCUGGCUAUUGCAAAGGAGGGUGAGUUGACGAUUGGCACGAUUGAUGACAUUCAGAAGCUGCACAUAAGGACUGUUCCACUCGGCGAGCAGGCUCGGAGAAUAGCCCAUCAAGAGCAGUCGCGUACGUUUGCUAUUCUAACAGUCAAGCCAGUAAAUUGGGAAGAAGAGCAUCACGUUCGGAUGCUCGACGAUCAGACCUUUGAAACUGUGGCGUCAUUCCCACUUGAUCUCUACGAAAAUGGGACGUCUAUUAUCAGCUGUCAGUUCAGUGAUGAUACAAAUGCGUACUACGUGGUUGGGACCGCUUACGUUCUUCCAGAAGAGAGCGAACCAACUAAGGGACGCAUUUUGGUGUUCACAGUAGAAGAUCAGAAGCUCCAGCUUGUGACCGAAAAGGAGACCAAGGGAGCUGUAUACAAUUUAAACGCUUUCAAUGGAAAGCUGCUCGCGGGAAUCAACCAGAAGGUUCAGCUGUACAAAUGGGUUCAGCGAGAGGAUGGUACGAGAGAACUUGUUUCAGAGUGCGGACACCACGGGCAUAUCAUUGCCUUGUACGUGAAGACGAGAGGAGAUUUCAUUGUAGUGGGGGAUCUAAUGAAGAGCAUCAGCCUGUUAAUAUACAAGCCUGAAGAAGGAGACAUUGAAGAGCGUGCUCACGAUUACAACGCCAAUUGGAUGACGGCCGUUGAGAUUCUCGAUGACGAUAUAUACCUUGGGGCAGAAAACAGCUUCAAUCUUUUCACAGUUAGGAAAAAUAGUGACGCGGCUUCAGACGAGGAGCGAGGAAGAUUGGAGCUCGUUGGCGACUAUCAUCUGGGCGAGUUUGUGAAUCCAAUCCGGCAUGGGUCCCUGGUGAUGAGGCUUCCAGACAGUGAGGCAAGCCAGAUCCCGACAGUGAUAUUUGGUACCGUCAAUGGGGUUAUCGGCGUCAUUGCGUCCCUGCAACAAGAGCAGUUUGCGUUCUUGCACAAGCUUCAAAAAUGCUUGACAAAGGUGAUCAAGGGUGUAGGGGGGUUCAGUCACGACCAAUGGCGAUCGUUCUGCAACGAGCGGCGGACAACGGACGCGAAGAACUUCUUGGACGGGGACCUGAUCGAGGCCUUCCUAGAUUUGAAGAGACAUCGGAUGGACGAGGUGUCGCGGAUGAUGGAUGUACCUGUAGAGGAGUUGUGCAAGAGAGUAGAGGAAAUGACUAGAUUGCACUAGAGGAGAUUCUUGUUGGAGGGGGGUGGAGGCGUCAAGGCCGAUGCCCGUACGUGAGACUUUUCGUAAAAAGGUAGGCAAUACUAGGCAUAGUGAAAGCCCAUUAAUUAGUUGGCGUAUACAUUCUCAAGAACAAGGGGGUGUUGAAGGGGUGUUGCAUUCCCCACCUAUGGCGGCUGUGGCACUGGGGUUGAUGAAAAGCCGUGGUGGUGGUGGUAGGGGGGGCAUUCAUGGUGGCUCUUGAGGAACGCGGCGGGCGUCUUUCUGGUUUUCGUCUCUGGCCGGGUCUUACCUUGCAGGUGUACGUUGCCGAUAAAAUCUCAUGAACGCAGGUACGUUCAUACGUACGUACAUCGCCGAUAGUGGAGGAAAAGCUCCGCGACCAGCACAGCGUUCUAGACGCGCUCCUGCUCCUCUUCCUUUGUUUCUGCCAUGAUUUCCUCCUUGCGAUGGGUGUUGUGACGUUGGCCGCUUGAAGGAGGUGUGAUCCAGUGCGUUUCAUUCCGCUUUUUCCCACCGUGUCUUAAUUAGCAGCUGAGGCUCGCAUGAUCAGCGCCAUCCAUAUCUUUCGGUACUUUCGCUCAGACGCUCUUUUUCAUUGCCGUCACAAUUUCUUUCUCGCAAACGUUGGUGCGACGUCGGGGACUUCUUUGAUUGUUUUUCCCGCGAUUUCGGCCUCACGAUGGAUCUCGCUCUUUUUCAUUGCCCUCACAAUUUCUUUCUCGCAAACGAUGGUGUGACGUCGGGGAGCUCUUCGAUUGUUUUUGCCGCGAAGUUUUUCGGCCUCACGAUGGAUGUUGUGACAGCCCAGACUUCAAGGUGGAACUACUUUGCUCCGGUGCCUUUCAGCUUUCCCUCUGUGGCUUGAUUACCUCUCCUGACCAGGUGCAACGCAUCUCACGUGUCUUUGGCUUUGACUCUUCUGUUCUCAUCGGGAUUCCUUUCUGCCUUGCAAAUAAAAAGUGGUGGGACAUCUGGGACUGGAGGAGGAAGUUUGGUCCUCGCAAGAACGUGGUGGGACAUGUGGGACUUGGAGGAGGAAGUUUGGGCCUCGCAAGAAUGUGAUGGGACAUGUGGGACUUGGAGGAGGAAGUUUGGUCCUCGCAAGAAAGUGGUGUGGGACAUGUGGGACUCGGAGGAAGUUUGUUCCAGCGCCUGUUGGCCGUGCUCAACUCCGAAGGUAGGAGGCGAGGUUCUGUCGAUCGCUGUGCGCUUAUCCUUUGCGUCCACUGGAAUCAUGCGAUUCCGACUGCUCGACCCAUCCGAUAGGACCUGGAAGCAGUCUGGCUCAGAGGGGUUCUGUGAAGAGUGAGGCACGCUUGCAAGCGGAGUCCCUUGCACACGCGAUUGGGAAAUUUGGGAUGUUGUGGACGGACUGAGGCACGCUUGGGAGCGGAGUCCCUUGCACACUCGAUUGGGAAAUUUGGGAUGUUGUGGAUGGACAGACUCCUUGGCCCUGCGGUGGAGGUGUAGGUAACGUGCAACUUCUGGUCUGGUGGGUGGUUUAUGAGCCCCAUUCCUUGGAAUGGGGCCUUUCUCUGCCUGUUGACGUGGCGACUGAUUUGACCUAAAGAGGAAGGUACACAUGUAAAACCCAUGCCAACAAAGCAUCACUACUACCCCACUAUGCAUUUCUAAGUGCAACGACAUUUGGACGUUAGACCUGGCUAUAACGGGUUUUGGCUCGUCUGAUAAGAAACAAGUGUGUGUAAGAGGAGAAACAACGUGCUAGACCGCGGUCAAUAUGUUCUUGCGGGGGAGGUCUCAUCCUCACCAGCGCAAGUGAGGAUAGAGGAGGGAGUGUGCGGAUUGGACGGACUGGACGGGGGAACAACGUCUCUAUCUCGGGAGAGCACAGAGCACAACAUUUUAUGCGAGAGCGGAAAUAAUUUUUUUGCGGCAGAGAAGCGUGGGUUGCUCAUCGGAUCGACGGAUGCUUUCGCGCGGGACUGCGGCAGAGCCAUUUGCGGAGAUAACGGCCUAUAUAGAAGUGGACAGCAGGCCAACAACAGUAGACGGUUUGGUUGUCUAUUGCUCGGAUAGCGUGCUGGUCAUGUAGAAUAGAGGACAGAAGCGGGCAGUGUUUUUUUGCAAAAAAUGGGUGGGUGGAAGAUGGGUGCGAGCAAGAUGAAGAAUGUGUCUGUUUACUGUUUACGUUCAAUCAGGCAAAGAAAGAAAGGACAGCAAUGUGUGUGUGUGUGUCCCCUCUCUCUCUCUCUCUCUUUCUUGCUCUCCCUCUCUCUCUCUCCUUCCCUCUGUGUGUGUGUGUGCGUGUGUGUGUGUGUGUGUGUGUGCUGCUGGACAUCACCAAUGUGAUUGGUAAUGGGCAUGAUGUCAAUUGUGUAGUAGAAGAUAUGAUCAGCAUAGGAGAUGGGAAACCCUUGUAACGCAAAGAAAUUUCAAUC